UAGACCAUCAUGGCGCGGCUUUUUGAAAUGUCUCUGGUAGCCGGACCGGCGGACCAGUUCGAGCAGCCGGCCUGCUCGAGCAAUUGGUCGACGGGCCAGAGAUUUGGCGAGGGUUUUCAGUGGGAGGGACAGGCUGCAUAUGAGUUUCGCGCCUACAGCCGCUACACGCAGCAGAUGUUUCGCGCCGGGUAAAAGCGUGCCUCGUUGCAGCUGGCGGGAAACUCCCCCCUGCCGGCCUGGCUAGCGGCGGGGCCCGG